GCCAUGGGCAGGAUCUGACCCCACUGCCGGGGGGUCUGCGCCGCCUCCAUGUCGCUGGCCCUGAAGGCCCGGCAGAAGGCGAGGCGCAAGGGCGGCACCAAGGAGCGGGUUUUUGGCUGCGACCUCCUGGAGCAUCUCCAGCAGUCGGGGCAGGACGUGCCCCAGGUGCUGAGGAGCUGCACUGAGUUCGUGGAGCAGCACGGGGUGGUAGAUGGCAUCUACCGCCUCUCGGGCGUCUCCUCCAACAUCCAGCGGCUGCGGCAGGAGUUCGACAGUGACCGCUGCCCUGACCUGCAGAAGGAUGUCUACCUGCAGGACAUCCACUGCGUCAGCUCCCUCUGCAAGGCGUACUUCCGCGAGCUCCCCAACCCUCUCCUCACCUACCAGCUCUACGACAAAUUUGCUGAUGCAGUGGCUAUCCAGAUGGAAGAAGCUCGCCUGGUGAAGAUCAAGGAGGUGCUGAAGGAGCUGCCGGUGCCCCACUAUAGGACCCUGGAGUUCCUGAUGAGGCACCUCCUGCACAUGGCAUCCUACAGCAGCCAGACCAACAUGCACGCCAGGAACCUGGCCAUUGUCUGGGCACCCAACCUGCUGCGGUCGAAGGACAUUGAGGCAACGGGGUUCAACGGCACAGCAGCAUUCAUGGAGGUGCGUGUCCAAUCCAUCGUUGUGGAGUUCAUUCUCACCCACGUCGAGCAGCUCUUCGGGGACGCCCCUCUCCAUGGCGGCGAGUCCCUCCGGCGGUCCCUGCUGCUGGGUGGGGGGGGGACAGGGGACGGGCAGCCCCCACCAUACCACGUGCCAGCCACGCUCAGCCAGGGUGACGGCCCCCCCCCAAUUCGGCCCUACCACACCAUCAUCGAGCUCAGCGACCACAGGAGGAAGGGCUCCAUCAAGGCCAAGAAGUGGAGGUCCAUCUUCAACCUGGGCCGCUCCAGCCAUGAAGCCAAGCGCAAGCUGGUGAAGGUGGAGGAGAAAGAUGACAAGUGUGGUAAAAUAACCUUGCGGCCAGCCAAGAGCAUGGACUCGCUCAGCUCCGUCCCCUGUGCCAGCGAUGAUGACUCUCGGCUGAGCAAGAAGAGGUCAGCAAAGCAGCCGCCGCAGCGUCGGGAGAGCUUUGACACCUGCCACUCACUGCCAGCGCCGGAGAGCUGCCCCGAGCUGGAUGAGAGCCUGGAGGAGAAGCUGAAGGGGAAGGAAGAGCCACGGGGCCCUGAGUCAGAGGGCGAAAACAGCACCAAGUCAGAGCCCACCACCCCCAAAGCUGGCCGGGCCUCACUGGUGGCCCCUGGCCGCUCGCCCAAGGCCAGCCGCAGCCGUGCCGAGAAGUGCGCAGGGGUCCACAUCUCUGGCCCCUUCUCUGUCACCGUCCCCUUCCACAUCACCUCCAACCUCUCCCGCCUGACACGGGGGCUGCCGUGCCCGGCGCUGGCCCAGGCGGCCGCGGGCAGAGCGCCACCCGCCAGCCCCCCGCUGCCUGCCCAAUGCUCUGCCGGGGACCCCGAGGUGCCUGAGCACCACACUGGGGAGGGGAAGAUGGACACGGAGGAGACCCGGCUCUCCCUGGAGCUGCGGGACUCCUUCGCCUUCCUGGACAGCCAGGAGACGUGGCUGGAGGGCGGCGGGGACGGGGAGCCAGCAGCAUGGCCCCUGCUGCCAGACACCAGCCCUGGGGACGGCGAGGGGUUCCUGCCCAUAGAGGAGGGGAUAGAGAGCGGGUUCAUGAACCCGGGGGAGCCCCCCAUGGAGCAGCCCGCCAGCUACCUCUCCAUCGAGGAGUGCAUGGACGAGGAGAUGUUCUUCAUGGCUCCCAGUGGCUCCGAUGCCGAGGACCACACUGGGGACACCGACUCGGAAGACAUGUUCCUCAGCGCCCACGACGACCUCAGCCCGCUGGCGGCAUCGCUGGAGCCCCUCGACCAGCUGCCGGGUGAGGGUACGGCCCCAGAGACCCUGGCACCGGCCCCACCUGCCGCUGACAGCACUGUGCCACAGGACAGGUCUCUGACACCGGGGCUGGCAGGGCCGUGCCCCAUGGAGGAGGAUGCUCUGGGUGAGGGGGAGCAGCCUGGGGACUCUGCUGGGGCACCAGCAGAGGAGGUUGCACCAGGCACCGGCCAGCCUGCAGGGGAGGGAGGUGGAGGGGAGGGGGCUGCGGACUGUGGCUCUGGCCCCAGCAGAACUGUCUCCAGCACCAAAGCUGGCCUGGGGGAUGAGGCCGGAGGAGCCGGGGGCCAUGCGGGAGCGGGGCCAGUUCCCGACACAUCGGAUGGGGAAGUUGAAGAGGAUGGAGCUGGCUCCCAUCCCCCUGCCCCAGAGGAGCCUGGGGAGGGCGAAGCCCAGCCUUCACCAGGGUCCCCUCCAGCCUCACCAGAGGAGGCCCCCCAGGAGCCAGUGGAGCCCCUGGUCCCUGGGUCUGCCCCUGAGGCUCUCCCGCCCUCUGCAGCCAGCGCGGAGGGCACUGAUGCUACCCCUGUGAGCAGCCCCAGUUCUUCCUCGCUCUCUGCCUCGGCCCCAGAGCUGCGCAGCCCUCCCCCUGAAGCCCCAGAGCCGAGCCGGGCUGAGCCCACCGGCGAGCUGGGGCGCCCUGAGCCCGUGGCUGUGCUGCGCCGUGACGGCAGUGCCCCGGUACGCCUGGCUGCCCGCACCGUCAGGGUGCAACAGGCCCGGUCAGUCCCCGUCGUGCCCCCCAAGCCCCAGUUUGCCAAGAUCCCCCUGGCCCUGCAGCCCUGGAUGCCCCCAGCCGAUGGUGCGUCCCUGGCCAUGGAGGGGGAUGCUGCCCUACCACCCCGGCGACUCCCCAGUCCCACGGCACUGGAGGGGUCUCCCCAGCAACCUGGGGGCAGUGGGGUGGCGGUGGGGGCGAGGAGAGCAGGCUGGCGGGAGGGCGGCAGCGUGUCCUUUGACACGGCAGUGGCCAUGGCCGCUGAGCAGCAGCCAGCCCAGGUGCCGGUCAGGAGGAUCCAGACCUACGGUGGGGAGGAGCUGACGCCCGCCCCCCCCAAGGCCUUGCCCUUCCAGAAGGGCCCCCUGAGGCCGCGGCUGCUGCGGCCCCUCAGCUGUGUGGCAGCCCCGGAGGGCGAGGCACCGGGGAGGAGCCGGCUGAGUCUGACCCGGCCAGCAGCACAGGCCGAGGGGUCAGUGCUGUCCCCGCCGCGGCGGAUGGUGGGCACCGAGGGGGCGGCGGGCGAGCGCUGA